AUGGCGGCAAUGCUCGAGUUCCGGACGCAGGGUUAUAAUCCCUAUGCGGUCAAAUUUGACACGAACGAUGCGCAAUACGAUAUCGCAUGGUCAGAAAUCAACGAGAGACAGCUAGUGGCGGCGUGCGGCGAUGGCUCCAUCAAGCUCUUCGAUAUUGGGGUAGCGCAAGCAUUAGUGGUCGCCUACGAGGACGAAUUCGAUAACGACGCUCCCGGUAGGAAACUGCACAUACAGCGCGGCGUUCUGUCCCUCGAACCCCGCACUCGUUUCGUCUGUGUCGAGCGAUUCGCAGCUGCGAAUAUUCGACCUCCGUACGCCUGUGACGGCCAAGUACCACUUGACCGCUGCCUCGGGCCUGGCGAGGUGCUGACACACGACUGGAACAAGUACAACCACUCGCUGAUCGCGACGGGAGGGGUUGACAAACUCGUGCGGACCUUUGACAUCCGGAACCCUACCGGAGGACCCGUCUCUUUAAUGGAGGGACACGGUUAUGCCGUGAGGCGAGUGGCGUGGAGUCCCCAUGAAAGCGAUGUGCUGAUAUCGGCAAGCUACGAUAUGACGGUGCGGGUAUGGACGGACGGAUCCAAGUAUCCGAGGGACCCCAGCAGCCCGGUGUUGAGAGGAAAGCAGAUUGGCCUCAUGAACCGGCACACCGAGUUUGCGACGGGAGUGGAUUGGUCCCGCUGUAGCGGAAGCCCCGAGAAUGUCGUUGAAGAAGCGCCGCAAGAAACCCCCAAGACUCUGCGAUUUGAAGACGCAGAGGGCAUCCACCCCAACCUUAUCCGUGCCAUCACACAAGAUCUUGGCUACGAAUACAUGACGGAUGUGCAGGAGAAGACGGUGCGCGCCGGUCUUCGCGGAACCGAUUUGGUGGCUCAAGCUAGGACCGGCACCGGCAAGACUAUUGCUUUCCUUCUACCUAUGCUUCAAAGAAUGAUUGACGAAGACCCGAGUCUCGCCUUCAGGCAGAGCAAGAAGAGGGCUCGGUCCGACGACAUCCGCGGCAUCGUGAUUUCCCCUACCCGCGAAUUGGCCGAACAAAUUGCCGUUGAGGCCAAAGCCCUUGCCCGCCACACUGGUCUCAUGGUCCACCUUGCUGUUGGUGGCCAAAGGAAGGAUACCAUGCUUCGCGCCGUCCAGAAUCAGGGAUGCCAUCUUCUCGUCGCCACCCCCGGCCGCUUGAAGGAUAUCCUCGAGGACGAGAGGAGUGGCGUCGAUGCGCCCAACCUUGCCGCCCUUGUUCUCGAUGAGGCUGACCGAAUGCUCGAUGUUGGCUUUUCCGACGCCCUCCGUGAUAUCCAAGACCUCCUUCCCCGCAUGGAAGAAAAGGAGCGACAGACGCUGCUGUUUUCGGCAACCAUUCCCAAAAAUGUCGUUAGCCUUGCCAAGACCAUGGUCCGACGGGACAAGUUCGAAUUUAUUGUCGUUGCGCCCUCUCAAGCCAACAUUUUCCCUGCCCUCUACGAGCUCAUGGAUCGCGAAAUUGCCAACUCACGAGAGACGCCUGGCGCGCGCCCCUUCAAGGCCAUCGUCUACUACUCGCUGACGGCCAUGGUGAAGCUCGCCACUGAAGUCGAUCACUCCAUGAAGCGCCUCCGCGCCGAUACCCACCGCUAUCCCCCACCUACCACAUCCAUGGCCUUCUCAAGCAAGGCGCCCGUACCCGCGCGGCCGACUCGUUCCGACGGGCCAAACCGCGAGCAGUACAUUCACCGUCUUGGCCGUACCGGCCGACAGAACAAGGAUGGCGAGGGCUGGUUCUUCGUUACGCGCGCCGAGGCUAGGGAAGCCAAGGAAAAGGUCGGUGACCUCGGCCUCGUCCCGGACAAUACUCUUGAGUCUGCCAAGGUCGAGGCCGACGCGGAAGAGGCUGAGCUCCUGCCCUCUUCCAGAAAGGCCAGGUUUGGCCAGUCGCGAGGCAACCCUCAGGCGAUUGUGGAUGACAUGAACAAGUGGACCAAGGUGACGUGGGGCUGGGAAAACCCUCCCGUCGUCGCGUCCGCGUGGGUGAACAAGAUGGGCUUUGGCCGGCCCCGCGACAAUGGCGACUUUGAUAGCUUCCAGCAGGCGUUUGAGGGCGCCGACCACGGCAGGUCUCGCAGGGACGGCAGGGACGGCAGGGACGGCCGUAACCGAAACCGCAGCCGGGUGGGAGAUCGAUCCCCCGGUCUGGCGGCCGAUUCAAUGACUCGGGUCGCCGGUUCAAUGAUUCGGGCCGCCGAUUCAAGGAUCGCGACGCGUCCAGCAAUCCCGAGUGGUAAACGAACCACCCUUUAG